UUUUAAUUUAUGAUCACUGUUACCUAAGGAGAAAGAUUAGAAUGCUUCAAAAUAGAUGGAUAAUUCAUAGGUACACUUAUACUAUGUAACAAUAAACCUAAUAAGUUAUAAAAUCAUUAAAUCUUAGUUUCUGUGGUUUCAAAAUCAGGACAAAUAAUACAUAAGAUAUUUAAGUAAUGCCACAUAUAGGAUCUUUUACAGGAUAAUACUUUAAGAUUAUUGUGAAAUGCCUAAAAUUCUAAGGUUGUUAUACUAUGUGUAAAUAUUAGCUAAUGCAAAACUAUAAAUUCUGACUGUUGAUUUGACUGAUUAAAAAUUUAAUAAAACAGACGUUAAAUCUCUUGCCUCUUACUUUGAUUCUUAUUCUAACAGCUCAUUUGUUGAAAAAAUUAAAAUAGAAAUAAUUACAAUCGAUUAAAAUUAAUUGACCAAAUAGUCAAACGUUAUUAAUCAAUCAAACUCCUUAAAUAAAAACAUUGAAGAAAGUAUUUAUCACUAAUAAGAAUUUAUAUAUGAAUAAAAUGCUUUAUUAAAAAAAAGUGAAUAAAUGAAACAAUAACAAAUUCGGAACUCAUAUACAAAUUCUGAUUAACCCUAAAGUAUUAGUAGAGCCUCUGCUUCUGAAUAGAAAUUUCUUACAUCUACUACCUUUUAAUAAGUUAAAUAAACUCUAUCUAAAUAAUCAUCAAAUUCAUAAAAUACUUUUUAAUUAGAUUAUCCUCCUCCAAGACCAUAAUCAUACCCACAUCAACCUUAAUAACCAAAAGUGCAUAAUUAUUAAGAAAAAGAAUAUGAGGAAGAUCCAUAAAUUUAACAAUUAAAUCUACGAUAUACUUAAUUAGAAAUAGAAUUCCAUAAAUAGUAGGAAUAACUUUAAAAUAUUGAAAAAUAAAAAGCAUAACUAUUAUCAUAAGAAAUUAAUUAAAAUUAAGGGUAAAUAUAUGUAGGAGUUCAGCAUAUUUUUUUUUCUGCUCUAAUUUGUUUUUUAAUUGGUUAUGUAGCAACAAAUUGA